CCUGACACCCAACCACAAUGGCCCACCCGGACACACACACUCCUUUGACAUACACUGCACCCGUCAGUCGUCUGCAAGCAUUUCAGAUUGCACAUUUCAGCACAGCAGCUAAAUCACGUUUUCUUAAUCCCCGUAAACGAACGUACUGGGAUAGCCUCUGCGGCAAUUGUGAAGCAUAUUGGAGCAGUUACUCUUGCGCACAACCAUCAGAAACGCCAGACGACCAUAUCACGCAUACGAGCGACACAACGGUACAGCAAGAGACGCAUGAGCAUGAAAAGUCAGAACAACAUGUGCAAGUACCCGUUCAAGAGGAUGAACAGGGAGACGAGAGUGAAUGGUUGGAAGACGCCGAGCCAACGUAUUCUCUGACACCAGAUAUGAUUGCCAUGUUUCGGCAUUCGGAAAUGUGGAGACGGGAGCGGAAAGCACAACGGGAGGCCGAAGCGCAAGCCGAACGGGAUGCGGUCAAAGUAGAGGAAAAUAGAGUCACCAUCACAGGGGCAUUACCAACAACGUCGGCCCAAUCGACAAACACGACCAACAACCCGCCAAACUCGUAUUCUCCCAAAACACGGAAAACGAUCCAAGAAUUAGAGUUGGAACUAAAUGCCCAGUUUCAAAGACAUGUCCAAACUCGACGACCGGUUCUGUGGCCCGUAUUGCCUGUUCGGUGGUGAAUGAAUUAUAAAAUGCAAACGGUGUAAAUAGGAUAAUGUACAGAUUGAGAUGGGCUUUAACGUUAUUUAAUUGACUACACACACACACAUGGAUCGCAGGCGAAACAGUAAAUAUGCGUGCAAGAAAAAAAAUACAGACAUAGAACACAACACAA